AUGGCAAAAAAGAAAGCAUUCAUUUCCCUUAUAUAUCUUUCAUUUAUAGUAUUUUUGCCUUGGUGGAUCUCUCUCUCAUUUAAUAAAAGUAUGGAAUCUUGGGUUACUAAUUGGUGGCAUACUAGACACUCCGAAAUUUUUUUGAAUGAUAUUCAAGAAAAAAGUAUUCUAAAAAAAUUCAUAGAAUUAGAAGAACUCUCCCUCUUGGACGAAAUGAUAAAGGAAUACCCGGAAACACAUUUACCAAAGCCUCACCGCGGAAUCUACAAAGAAACGAUCCAAUUGAUCAAAAUGCACAAUGAGAAUCGUAUGAAUACGUUUUUUCAUUUCUCGACAAAUAUAAUCUCUUUCGUUAUUCUAAGCGGUUAUUCUAUUCUAGGUAAUGACGAACUUGUUAUUCUUAACUCUUGGGUUCAAGAAUUCCUAUAUAACUUAAGCGACACAAUAAAAGCGUUUUCUAUUCUUUUAUUAACUGAUUUAUGUAUAGGAUUCCAUUCGCCACACGGUUGGGAACUAAUGAUUGGCUCUGUCUACAAAGAUUUUGGAUUUGCUCAUAAUGAUCAAAUUAUAUCAGGUCUUGUUUCUACUUUUCCAGUCAUUUUAGAUACCAUUUUUAAAUAUUGGAUCUUUCGUUAUUUAAAUCGUGUAUCUCCGUCACUUGUAGUCAUUUAUCAUUCAAUGAAUGACUGA